GAUGAUUGCUAACAAAGAAAAAAAAAAACAGAAACUUUCAAUUAUGUUUAAAUUUUUGAAAAACUCGACAUUGUGUCAGAUAGUAAUAUUGCACGAAUGAUUACAUUUUAUAUCAUAGAAGUAAGCGCCGGUCAUGAAAAAAAGACAAAGAUAGAAACAAAAAGUCGUAUUUGCUGUUUUGUCUCUCAUUCUCAGAUCUCUCUCAUUUUGUGUCUCUCUCUUUAAUACAUUCAAACUCGUCUUCAACAUUAUUUCCUCUACUUCUUCACUUUGUGAAGCAGAAGAACAAACCCAAUAAAGCUCCAACAUACACCAAAACAACAUAAAUGGCGUUGAUGAAUUCAAGAGCAACAACAACACAAGACAACUUCAUCAUGGUUCCAAGCAGAAUGAAUCACCACAAGUUAGACUCAAAACCCAAAGUCUCCGUCGUUUACUAUCUCAGCCGUACUGGCCAACUUGAUCACCCACACUUCAUCGAAGUACCUCUCUCUUCUCACAACGGUCUCUAUCUCAAAGAUGUGAUCAAUCGAUUGAACGAUUUACGAGGCAAAGGAAUGGUUUGUCUCUACUCUUGGUCCUCAAAACGAACAUACAAGAACGGGUUCGUAUGGCACGAUUUAUCAGAAGACGAUUUCAUUUUCCCCGUUCAUGGUCAAGAAUAUGUACUCAAAGGCUCUCAAAUUCUCGACCUUGAUAACAACAACUCCGGUAAAGAAUCUAACUUCUCCGCCGUCGUCACUCACCGACGUAACCAGUCUUGGAGCUCUAUUGAUCAGUACAAAGUCUACAAAGCCUCCGCUGAUUCGUCAAGUCGUAUGCUCGCGACGGAUGCUUCCACUCAGACGGACGACCACCGGCGGCGGAGGAAACAUAUAGCGAAAGAGGUGGAUGAAGUGAAUGAGAUCACUGAGCUGAGCAGAGAAGAGAUUACUUCACCUCCACAGUCAGAUUCGAGUCCGGAGACCUUAGAAUCAUUGAUGAAAGCAGAUGGACGGUUAGGAUUGCGUCAAGAAGAUCGGACGGUAGAGAAGAUGCGGCCGUCGGCUGUUCUGAUGCAGCUGAUAUCGUGCGGUGCGAUGUCGUUUAGGAAAUGUGGGCCGACGACUAUGCUAAUGAAUGGGAGCACGAGGAGGAGUACGGUGGAACGAGGGACAGGGAGUUAUAGGCUCGAGAGGGCAGAGAAGGAAUUAAGGAGGUUUGGAAGGGUGAAAUUGGAAGAGAAAGAGUAUUUUAGUGGUAGCUUGAUUGAUGAGAGUAAUAAGAAGGAACUUGUUGCUGCUUUGAUGAGGUCUUCUUCUUGCAAUACUGAUAGGAGUUCAAGGAUGGGGCUGACCAAACAGAAAGAUGGGGAAGAAGUGGCUCGGGCUAACUUGAUUCCGAGAAACCCGAAGUCUGUGGAAGACGGCCAUAACAAAGCCAAAACAGGUGUUUGAUACAUUUACAACCAUUACAUAGAAUGUAGCCAAAUGGCAUAGAGGUGGUUUUCCUAUUAUAUAUUUUUUUUGGUUAAGUAACCAUAUUCCAUUUACAAAGUAUGGUUCGAUGAGUAUGAUUCAAUGAUUGUUACAUGUAAAUAUGUUGUAAUUUGACGUUUGGUGUUGUUUAUCAACGUUGCCCUAUUGCCCGUUGGUAGCAAUAUGA